ACAACACUCACUCAUAAUGGCUUGUUUGUUUACCUCUGACAGAUACUCAACAUCAACCAGCUUUUACCGCAAAUUUCUCCAUUGAUUGAGAUGGAGGUGAGGUGUGUGAGCUAAGGUUGGUGAUGGAAGUAGAGGGGUAGAGGCAGCCAAGGAUAGAACCGAGAAGUAGAGGCCAAGAGUAGAGCAGAGAUGGUUGACACACGUGUUGGUGUGUGAAGUAGAGUACAAGUAUGGAUCAGCAGAGUACGAGUGAGGACGAGAAGGUACCGGCAUGGCCGGACGAGCCCUUGACGGACCCUCUGGCUGAUCCUCUGGGGCUCGAUGAUGGCCCCCAGGAGCAACCGGAGCCAGAUUGCUCUUCUCGCACCCACGGUGAGGACGGCCACUCCUCCAACCACCCAUCGGACAAUGCGUUGGACAGAGUGGACCGGGUGUCACCGCAUGCCAAUGUGGAGGCUGCACCGCAGGAGAUGAUCACAGUUGACGAUGUUAGGUUCAGCGAAAAUUCGUGUGACUCUGAGAAAGUGGAUGAGGAUCAGUCAGUGAAGGACGGAUGUAGUAGGGAUGGACAUGGUGAACAGCUCAUGGAAAAUGAGUGUGUCGAUUUUUGCGAGAGUGAUAUUGGUGCAGAUAGUGCAAGAACUCCCCCGCCCGAUUCUCACAGAGACGACAGUGAAGGUAGAAACGAGGACGGCAGUCGGCCGGGCAGUAAAGCCGAGAGUAGCUGUGAAAACAAUGACGUUAGUAGUCCGCUGCGGGCGGAAGAAAACAGUGCAGACAGUAAUUAUGAUGGUGGAGGUGGUGGGGAGAACAGUGACAGUGGAAAGUGUAAAAGUGAGAAGGUAGCAGAGAGCCACGAUGGCAGUCAGGACGGUGGUAUGGACUCUGACAGAGAACGUUUAGGUGGCAGUGAUGCUGGCGAUGAUGACACUGAUAAUAAAACUAGAAGGUUAAGAGCAAAACGACGACACAUUAGUGGAAGCUCUGAUGUCAUUGCUCCACCACCCAAAAUCAAGCGCAAGUGUCGUAAAAAUAUAUCAGACGAUGAUGAGGAGUGGGACAGAGACAGGGAGAGGAGGAGGAGAGACGAUUCUAAAUCCUCCGAUGAUGAAGGCGAUGACUCCGAUUCCGAUGAGGAUUCGAGACGGCGCAAAAUCCGGCGGCGCAGUGGAGCCGUCACUGGACUGAGUGCCAAGCCAAAAGUGAAAAACCUCCGACGCAACAUCCGAGACAUCAUCAGCGACGACAAGCUGGAGGAUGACACACUGACGGCACAGAAGGAAGAACAGCUGCGUCUUCAACGAUUGCAAGAGAAGAGAGUCGCUCUCAGAGAAUACUUGGAGCAACAGCAGAUGAGAUGUAUCCUCCGGUGGAGACACAGCUGAAGGAGGGAAGCAGCGGGGAAGAGGAGGUCAAGGAGGAAGAAGAGGAGGAGGAGGAGGAAGAAGCAGAGGAGGAGGAGAAGCAGGAGGGAGAAGAGAAAGAGGCUAUGGAGAAGGAGAAGUCGUCCGCCGCCGAGGAGAAGUCUGGCUCGGAUUCAGAUGUUGUGAUACUCUCCAGCCACUCUGAGGAUGAAGAGGACGACCUGGAGGACACUACCAACUCUGGGGCACACAUCAACGAUGCCUUCAACUUGCCUGAUGCCCAGGGUCGUGUCCUGGUCAACGUGGGUCACCCAGAGGGAGAAGAAGACAUCUUCUUGGCACCUCAGCUGGCAAGACUUGUCAAACCUCACCAGACUGGAGGCAUCCGCUUUCUGUAUGACAACAUCGUGGAGUCCUUGGAGCAGUUUAAAACCUCCAAUGGCUUCGGCUGCAUCUUGGCACAUUCCAUGGGCCUCGGCAAGACUCUGCAG